AUGGCCGUGCCGUGCUGCCGGCCGAAAGCGGCCGCGAAAACGGCCUGUCGUUCAGCGGAGGGCUGCUGCAGGGGCUGUGGAGUGCUGGAACGAGAUGUAUCUUCUUUGAUCUCACCUACAUGCACGUCCGGUGGCCCAAAGAACUGGGAAGACCUGGGGUGCUUUCUGAAUGCCACCCUUCUCUUGGGCGAAGAGAGCUUCUAUUCAGUGAUGUCGGAGCUGCCAUCCUCUUCUAGCUGCUUGUUGAAUCAUCGUGUGGGCUUUUGCAACCAAGAAGGUGCUAACCUCUUCCACGACACCAACAGAGUUGAGGUGGUUCUGAGUCCAGUGGAAAGUGAAAAGCUGCAACUGGAAUCCCCCAGCGUUUGGACCCUUUGCGUGGUGCUGGUUGUGGCCUUUGCCAACUCGCGCUAUGUCAACAAGAUGAAGGCCUUCAUCGUUUGGCCCUUGGCAUUGCUGGGCUUGCUGCUUUGCACGUUGCAUGCCGCCCGCACAGUGGUUGACCUGGCGAGUUGCGGUGCAACGUCGCGGCAUCAUCCGGUGCACUGGACGCAGAUGGAAGCGCAUUGGGCGGACGCCCAAGUGGCGUUGGGAAAGUCCAGGUUGACUCCCUCCUCUGGUGCACAGCGGGUGGCGGAGUAUUGCUGGGUGCCGCCCCUGCCGAAGCAGGGGAAGAUGACCACCGAGACGGUCUCGGCCGUGGCCGAAGAUGACUUUCAAAGACAAAGUCUGGACAUCAACAUGACACUUUUGGUCCGGGACAUGUGGAUCAGCUUGAUGGACUCGGCCACUUUUCUCCUGGACUUUGACAAUCAAAGCGCUGUGCGCAUCUACUGUGGCAAGGUCUUGCAGAUGCGCGCGGUGUCGCAAUGCCUUCGGUGGAUGAACAACACUGAGCUUGGGAACCGCAUCACUUGCCAGGACACGGCGCAGCCGCAGAUCACGGCUAUGGAACUGGAAGGUUUGAUGGAAGCGGGGUCGGAGCUGUCCGAGCGUCAGCAAAUUUCGCACUUGCUGCAGCUGUCGGAGAAGUGGCAGCUGCGGCUGUUGGAAGCGCGAAACUGUAGGGCCGCCAUCAGUGGCCAUAACUUUGCGCUGCGCCCACCAAGCUUAGGUCCGGACGUGCCCGGUGGUGCAACGGCCUCGAAGCGGCACCUGCUGGCCUUGCUGCAGGGAGUUGAGACACCGCGGCUGCAGCUGGAGGGGCCAGCAGGUUACCUAGAUGAGUUUCCUGCUGCCUACUUGCGGCCCGCAUUCAUAGGCUGCGUGGCGCGCAUCUUCCACGUCUGCGCCGGUCGCAGCGCCUCAGCCACGCUGACGGCCUUCCGCUCCAGUUGUCAGGCUGCCUGUGCGCUGCUGAUGCUUUUGGGGUAUGUCCGGAUGCUUUGCAUUCGCAUCGGCUGCUACCGCUGGUGGGCUGAGUAUUGUCCUGAUACUGAUGCUUCAAAUAGUUUGAGGGAAAAGGUUCAAAAGGCAUUGGAUUUGCUCAGCUCUCGUGUGGGCGUUGGGCUGUUGAUGGCAAGUCUUCUACAGGUAGGCUUUACCGUGCUGGCGAAUGAGCUGGCCGUCAACUGGAUUGCAGAAGGGCAUGGUGUCCGCCUGGCAGAGAUGUUGAAGCUUUAUCCAUUUUCCCUGAUCGAUGUGCUGCUGAUCUUGUCCAUCCGCCUGCAAUUGGCGGUCUUCCUGUUAGCUGUGUGCUACAACAUGCUGCGCCACGUGAAGCUCCGACGGCAGAUCCUGGCGCUGCCGAGGAAUGUGCUCUUUGGGCACGGCAGCAGCGAGGUCCCAGAGUCGUAUUGCGGGCCCGACUUGAAUGACUUGAAGCGCAUGGGCCGCACCAGUUUGGUCUAUGCCAUGUACUUCCCUGGCAUUGUUUUCUGGCAUUUCUUUUACGCAUCCUGGAUCCUGGUCUUGAUGUUCUCUUUCACCUGCGGGUGUUUGGUCAUUGUGAGUCAACCAGCCGAGGUUCGCAGUGUCCACGCGCAACGCAUUUGGCCCGUGCUGACCUAUGCCAGCUUUCUCUGCUCAGUCCUUCUGGCACACUUUGUGACCCGACUCUUUACACAGCGUUGCUUGCUGAACCAACAUGGGGAAGGAGUCCAAAUCAGAUGUCUUUGCCUAUUCUCCUGGUAUGAGGUGAUGCUUUUCCUUCUGUCCUUUGCAGUUGGGCCCACUGCGGCGCUCUGGGACUACUUCAAAGGUUUCUUAUGCACCGUCCUGGCAUCUUUGAUCAUCGAAAAACCAAACUUCACUCAGUUCGGCGAGCUGGCGGACUAUGUCUACUGCACCUACUGUGCUGCCCUCUUGUUGGAGCGUAUGGACCGGGACCGAAAGGACGACUCGCCACGUCAUCACUUCGAGGCCCAGUUGGAAACGUGUCAGGAUUUGCAGCGAAACUGCGACCGCUGGGACUCGAAGGCUGAGCCUUCUCUGUUGGAUCAGAGCUACGAGUCCAAGUCAGUCUGUUUCCGCCGGACAGCGGCAUUUUGGUUGUUGUUCCUGGGGCUGCCACUAUUAGCAGCUGCCACGGUGGACCGGAGCAGCUUCGCUUUGGGUUAUUCUUGCCCAACAUUUCUGCAGACCAUCCUGCCAAUCAGAAGAUGCAGCCUGCCAGAGACAAAGAGGAUCGAGCGCCUGCAGCCACAAGCUGCUAUGCCCUGCUUGACCUGGUAG